AUGAAUGGCCGGAACAUGGAGGAGGUGCCAUUCGAAAGAGUCAAGACCCGGCGGAGGAAGGGUCACUGCCCGGCCGGUGCACCCCUGGGCGCCAUCGCCUGCGAGGACGAGUUCAACAGCCAGGAGCUGGAGGCUCUCUUCCAGAACUACAACCUGAAGCUGGAGCAGACCGCCACCCUCAAAGCGCUGGCGGUGCUCAUCGUGGCCGCGUCGUCGCUGUCCCUGGUGGAGCUGCUGUCCAGCCCGCGUCUCACCUUGUCCAAGGGCUCCUACCCGGUGCACUGCGUGGUGUUCCUGUCGCUGUUCAUCGUCACCAACGUCAAAUACCUGCAGGUGACGCAGCUGCAGCAGAUAGCGAAGCUGGCCCUGCUGUUCAGCUUCACCUUUGCGCUGCUCUGCUGCCCGUUCCCGCUGGCGCUCGGCACGUCGGAGCUGGUGAGCGCCGGUGCCCCUGAGCAAGGCGUGUGGCAGCUCAUGCUGGUCACCCUCGUGGCUUACGUGCUGCUGCCGGUGCGGACGCUGCUGGCUGUGUUGUUCGGGGUGAUGCUGGCUGCAUCCCACUUCAUUGUCAUAGCGACGUCGGUCACGGGAAGGAAACAGAGGCUGUGGAGACCGCUGGUGGCCAACACGGUGCUGUUCACCAGCGUCAACUUGUCGGGGGUGUUUGUGAGGAUUCUCACCGAGCGCACCCAGAGGAAAGUCUUCCUGCAGGCCCGCAACUGCAUCGAGGAGAGGCUGAGGCUGGAGGAUGAGAACGAGAAGCAGGAGCGUCUGCUAAUGAGCCUACUGCCCAGGAACGUUGCCAUGGAGAUGAAGGAGGACUUCCUGAAGCCGCCUGAGCGGAUCUUUCACAAGAUCUACAUCCAACGUCAUGACAAUGUCAGCAUCCUGUUUGCAGACAUUGUGGGUUUCACCAGCUUGGCUUCUCAGUGUACUGCUCAGGAACUGGUCAAGCUGCUCAACGAACUCUUUGGGAAGUUUGAUGAGCUGGCUACAGAGAAUCACUGCCGGCGGAUAAAGAUCCUGGGCGACUGUUACUACUGUGUGUCAGGACUGACCCAACCCAAGGCAGACCACGCCCACUGCUGUGUGGAGAUGGGACUGGACAUGAUUGACACGAUCGCGUCGGUGGUGGAGGCGACGGAGGUGGAUCUGAACAUGCGUGUUGGUCUGCACACAGGGCGGGUGCUGUGCGGCGUGCUGGGCCUCAGGAAAUGGCAGUAUGACGUCUGGUCAAACGAUGUCACACUGGCAAAUGUGAUGGAGGCCGGAGGGCUGCCUGGCAAGGUGCACAUCACAAGGACCACCCUGGAGUGUUUGAACGGAGACUACGAGGUGGAACCGGGCUUCGGCCACGAGAGACAUGCCUUCCUUCAGAAACAUCACAUAGAGACAUAUUUCAUCGUUCCAUCACACAGACGCAAAAUCUUUCCAGGUCUCAUUCUGUCAGACAUCAAACCAGCCAAGAGGAUGAAGUUCAAGACAGUGUGCUACCUGCUGGUGCAGCUGAUGCACUGUCGGAAGAUGUUCAAGGCCGAGAUCCCCUUCUCCAACGUCAUGAACUGUGAGGACGACGACAAGCGGAGAGCCCUGCGAACCGCGACGGAGAAGCUGAGGAAUCGGACAUCCUUUUCAGCCCCAGCCGUGCAGCAGUCGCCGGGAACACGAGUCAACCGCUACAUCGGGCGGCUCAUCGAGGCGCGGCAGACCGAGUCCGAGACAUCAGACCUCAACUACAUCACCCUGUUCUACAGGAGCAGAGACAGGGAGCGUAGGUAUCACCAGGUGUAUGACGACCAUUUCAUCAGUGCGGUGGUUCUCUCCCUGAUCCUCGCUGCUCUCUUUGGCCUUAUCUAUUUGCUAAUGAUCCCACAGGGGAUGCUGGUGCUGCUGCUGCUGGUGCUGUGUGUGUGUUUCCACGUGGCCUGUGUCAUGUACCUGCAUCUCACCAGUGUUCAGUGCCAACCGGGCUGCCUCACCAUCCAGAUCCGAACAGUGCUGUGCGUCUUCCUCGUUCUUCUCACCUACUCUGUCACCCAGGCCUGUGUGGUGGGAUGUGUUCCUUGGGGGAGAGUUGGGGCAAACUCCAGCGACGCACUGGAGGACGUCCCCCUGGACGCCAACAGCACAGCGUCGGACAGAGCCUGUCCCAACAUGGCGUACGGCCUGCUGUCCUGCGUGGCCGGCACCCUCACUCUGGUCCCCUACCUCCGCGUCUCCUCGCUCCCCAAGAUCUUCCUGCUCCUCCUCCUCUCUGUCACCUACACGGUCGUCAUGGAGACCAGCGGCUAUCGCCAAGCUGUGGGAGGAGGGUUUCUCCACACUCGGGGGUAUGAUCCUGUGCUGGCGGUCUUGCUGUUUUCUGGAGCUCUGGCUCUGCAUUCGAGGCAGCUGGACCUGAAGCUGCGGCUCGACUAUCUGUGGGCUACUCAGGCGGAGGAGGAGAGAGACGACAUGGAGAAGGUGAAGCUGGACAACAAGAGGAUCCUGUUCAACCUGUUGCCAGCUCAUGUGGCUCAACACUUCCUCAUGUCAAAUCCCAGGAACAUGGACCUGUACUACCAGUCCUACGCUCAGGUUGGAGUGUUGUUCGCCUCCAUCGCCAACUUCAACGACUUCUACAUCGAGCUGGACGGGAACAACAUGGGCGUCGAGUGUCUCAGGCUGCUCAAUGAGAUCAUCGCUGACUUUGACGAGUUGAUGGACAAAGAGUGCUACAAGGAUAUUGAAAAAAUCAAGACUAUUGGCAGUACAUACAUGGCUGCAGUAGGGCUGGUUCCUACAACUGCAUCCAAGGCGAAGAAGUCCAUCACCUCACAUUUAUGCACAGUGUCAGACUUCGCCAUCGAGAUGUUUGACGUCCUGGAUGCCAUCAACUACCAGUCUUACAAUGACUUUGUUCUGAGAGUAGGUAUCAAUGUGGGACCAGUGGUGGCAGGAGUGAUCGGAGCCAGAAGACCUCAGUAUGACAUCUGGGGAAACACGGUGAACGUAGCCAGCCGGAUGGACAGCACUGGAGUACAAGGAAAGAUACAGGUGACAGAGGACGUUCACCGUAUCAUCACAGACCACUACACCUUCGUCUGCCGCGGACAGGUCAGCGUGAAGGGCAAAGGUCAGAUGCUCACGUACUUCCUGGAAGGACGCAGGGAGGGCAGCAGGUCGUCAAAACAAAUCCAGCAGCAGCCGGGCAACGGCGAGCGUCGGCCAAGCGCAUUCACCCACGGCAGCGUGUGCACCAGGCUCAGCCCCGCCCCCACGGUCACCACCUACGCCACCAUCAGGACCCCGAGCCCGAGCAUGGUCAAACCCAACACCUCCACCAGCACCACCAGGUACUUGCCCUCGGCCCCCACGGCAAUGGUGUGA